CCAAACCCGGAAGUGAGCGGCGGCUGCCGAGAGGCUCGGAACGACUGAGGCGCCGCAGGUUUCGUCGCCAGCCGCACCCGGGCUCGAGGACAUGAUGCCGCCACCACUGACACACAAGGAGAAACCCAGAUAGCUGUCCCUGUGGCCUCAGGUUGUGGAGCCCCCACCUGCCACCCGAUGCUCGCAGUGGGACCUGCCAUGGAUGGGGAGUGUCCUCAGCAUGAACUCCCGCCAGCGGGCAGCAUCCCGCUGCAGAAUGCCCUGCUGCACUGUCCAUGGUGGGGCAGUUUCUCCCAGGCGCCGUAUCCAGCCUUCUCCAGUGAAAGCCCCCAGUUCAUGAGCUCCACGUUCCUUGGUGGCCAUCCUUGUCCAGACACCAGCUAUGCUUCUGUAGCCACUGCCUCCAGCUUCCUGCCAAAGAGUGGUGACUUUCCUCAGGACUCCUCAUACCUCGAGGACCUCUCCAAUGCCUCCAUCUUCUCCUCAUCCGUGGACUCCCUCUCAGACAUUGUGGACACACCCGACUUCCUGCCAGCAGACAGCCUCAGCCAGGUGCCCACCAUCUGGGAUGUCAGCACUGCCCCAGCCACCAAUGAGAAGCUGUUCCUGCCCAAUGUGCCAUUUUCAAGCCUCAAGGAACCCGUGGCCUCCCUCCCUAGCACUCCGCUUCUUGUCAGCUACCAGUCAGGGAACCCACCUGAAGAGGAGGAGGAGGCCGAGGAGGAGGAAGAGGCUGAGGAACUGGGCCAUGCAGAGACCUACGCCGACUAUGUGCCAUCCAAAUCCAAGAUCGGUAAACAGCACCCAGACCGUGUGGUGGAGACCAGCACACUGUCCAGCGUCCCACCACCAGAUAUCACCUAUACUUUGGCACUGCCCACUCCUGACAGUGGAACCCUGUCUGCCUUGCAGCUGGAGGCUAUAACCUACGCAUGCCAGCAACACGAGGUUGUGCUGCCUAAUGGGCAGCGCGCUGGCUUCCUCAUUGGGGACGGGGCUGGUGUGGGCAAGGGCCGCACGGUGGCUGGCAUCAUCAUGGAGAACUACCUGCGUGGCAGGAAGAAGGCCUUGUGGUUCAGCGUCUCAAACGAUCUCAAGUACGAUGCAGAGCGCGACCUGCGAGAUAUAGAGGCCCCAGGCAUCGCUGUGCAUGCGCUGAGCAAGAUCAAGUACGGUGACAACACUACCUCAGAGGGGGUCCUCUUUGCUACCUACUCUGCCCUGAUCGGAGAGAGCCAGGCAGGUGGGCAGCACCGUACCCGCCUGCGGCAGAUCCUCCAGUGGUGCGGAGAGGCCUUCGAUGGCGUUAUCGUGUUUGACGAGUGCCACAAAGCCAAGAAUGCCAGCUCCACCAAGAUGGGCAAAGCUGUCUUGGACCUGCAGAACAAGCUGCCCCUGGCCAGGGUAGUCUACGCCAGUGCCACAGGUGCCUCUGAGCCACGGAACAUGAUCUAUAUGAGCCGCCUGGGCAUCUGGGGCGAGGGCACACCCUUCCGCACCUUUGAGGAGUUCCUGCAUGCCAUUGAGAAGAGGGGUGUGGGUGCCAUGGAGAUUGUAGCCAUGGAUAUGAAGGUCAGCGGGAUGUACAUAGCACGCCAGCUCAGCUUCUCUGGAGUCACCUUCCGCAUUGAGGAAAUCCCACUGCCCCCCGCCUUUGAACACGUCUACAACCGGGCAGCCCUGCUGUGGGCAGAGGCGCUGGGUGUGUUCCAGCAGGCUGCUGACUGGAUUGGCCUGGAGUCACGCAAGUCCCUAUGGGGCCAGUUCUGGUCAGCCCACCAGCGUUUCUUCAAGUACCUGUGCAUCGCUGCUAAGGUGCGCCGGCUGGUGGAGCUAGCCCGAGAAGAACUGGCCAAUGACAAGUGUGUAGUUAUCGGGCUGCAGUCCACGGGUGAAGCACGGACCCGGGAGGUGUUGGAUGAAAACGAGGGCCGGCUCAACUGCUUUGUCUCUGCUGCUGAAGGCGUCUUCCUGUCCCUGAUCCAGAAGCACUUUCCUUCCACCAGAAGGAAGCGGGACCGAGGAGGGGGCAGUAAGAGGAAACGGCGGCUGCGGGGCCGUGGUGCCAAGGUCCCCAAACUGGCAGUGGAGGCGGGUGUGAUCCGCAUCAGUGAUGACAGCAGCACUGAGUCGGACCCUGGCCUGGACAGUGACUUCAACUCAUCCCCAGAGUCCUUGGUGGACGAUGAUGUGGUCAUCGUGGAUGCCACUGGGCUCCCCGUGGAUGACCGAGGUCCUCUCUACACUCCUCAGAGGGACCCUCAUGGCCCCGGUGUUCUGGAACGUGUGGAGAGGCUAAAGCAGGACCUGCUGGCCAAGGUGCGCGCACUGGGCCGGGAGCUUCCAGUCAACACUCUGGACGAGCUCAUCGACCAGCUUGGGGGCCCCGAGUGUGUGGCUGAGAUGACUGGCAGGAAAGGCCGUGUUGUGUCCAGACCUGAUGGGACAGUGGCCUUCGAGUCACGGGCAGAACAGGGCCUGUCCAUCGACCAUGUGAACCUCAGGGAAAAGGAGCGCUUCAUGAGUGGCGAGAAGCUCGUGGCCAUCAUCUCCGAGGCUUCCAGCUCUGGUGUCUCCCUCCAAGCUGACCGACGAGUCAAGAACCAGCGGCGGCGUGUACACAUGACCCUUGAGUUGCCCUGGAGUGCCGACCGUGCCAUCCAGCAAUUUGGCCGCACCCACCGGUCCAAUCAGGUCUCGGCACCCGAGUAUGUCUUCCUCAUCUCGGAGCUGGCAGGGGAGCGGCGGUUCGCCUCCAUUGUUGCCAAGCGGCUUGAGAGUCUGGGCGCCCUGACCCACGGAGACCGUCGUGCUACCGAGUCUCGAGACUUGAGCAAGUACAACUUUGAGAACAAGUAUGGCGCCCGGGCUCUCAGCAGCGUCCUCACCACCAUUCUCAGCCAGACAGACAACAAGGUGCCUUUGCCCCAGGGCUAUCCUGGAGGGGAUGCUGCAUUCUUCCGAGAUAUGAAGCAAGGCCUGCUGUCAGUUGGCAUUGGCGGGCGAGAGUCACGGUCCGGCUGCCUGGAUGUGGAGAAGGACUGCUCCAUCGCCAAGUUCCUGAACCGCAUCCUGGGGCUGGAGGUGCACAAGCAGAAUGCGCUCUUUCAGUACUUCUCAGACACCUUUGAUCACCUCAUCGACGCAGACAAGAAGGAGGGCAGAUACGACAUGGGCAUCCUGGACCUGGCUCCCGGCAUCGAUGAGAUCUAUGAGGAGAGCCAGCAGGUGUUCCUGGCCCCCGGGCACCCACAGGAUGGGCAGGUGGUCUUCUACAAGAUCAGCGUGGACCGAGGCUUGAAGUGGGAGGAGGCCUUCACCAAGUCCCUGGAGCUCAUGGGCCCCUACGAUGGUUUCUACCUCUCCUAUAAGGUCCGAGGCAACAAGCCCAGCUGCCUCCUUGCGGAGCAGAACCGAGGCAAGCACUUCACUGUGUACAAGCCCAACAUAGGCCGGCAGAACCACCUAGAAACCCUGGACAGCCUGUGCCGCAGGUUCCACCGGGUCACUGCGGAGGAGGCCAGAGAGCACUGGGAGAGCAACUACGCCUACUCGCUGACACACUGCAGCCACACUGCCUGGAACCAGCACUGCCGGCUGGUGCAGGAGGGCAAGGACUGCACCCAGGGCCUGCGCCUCCGGCACCACUACAUGCUGUGUGGGGCGCUGCUGCGCGUGUGGGGCCGCAUCGCCGCCGUGAUGGCAGAUGUCAGCAACAGCAGCUACCUACAGAUCGUGCGACUCAAGACCAAAGACAAGAAGAAGCAAGUGGGCAUCAAGAUCCCAGAGAGCUGUGUGCGCCGCGUGCUGCAGGAGCUGCGGCUGAUGGACGCCGAUGUCAAGCGCAGAGGCAUGCCCAACCCAGGCUUCCCGGCCAGGCCACCCACCCCGCGCCUGCUGCCGCUGCCCUGCGACCCCGGCGAGGUUCUGGAUCUGACCUACAGCCCACCAGCGGUGGAGGCCUUCCCGCCUCCGCUGCCCCGCUUCGCCUUCCCGCCACUGCCGCCCCCAGAUUCCGGUGCACUGCUGCAGCUGGGCGCGCAGGACGCCACUAUGGCCGACCCCGCGGCCUUGGCGCACCAGAGCUGCGACAUUAACUUCAGGGAGGUGUUGGAGGACAUGCUGCGCUCCCUCAACGCCGGGCCCUCUGAGCCCCCAGGCCCACUGGUGGGCGCAGGAGGCGCGGGGGUUGGCGGCGGUGGGGGCCCGGAGAGGCAGAGCGUCAUCCAAUUCAGCCCACCAUUCCCCAACUCCUAGGCCGCCCGCCCGCUGGCCGGUGUCCCCUCUACCACGACGUCCUGCGCCCCCGUGGCGCAGCCUCUCCGGGUGCGGGAGCCCUGCGACUACUGAGGGCGCUGCCCGCCCACAGUGCCUUCCCCAUCAAGCCGCACGCACAGCGGUCUUCAGGGCCCACUCAGGGCGAUCUGGGGCGGGGCCUCCGUGCCUCCCAAGUGCGGCUGAGGCCUGGAAGCCGUGAGGUUGGUGGUCCCGAGCUGCAAACUCAGGAAACCCGGUGCUCAGGCCCCGCUGUCUCUGGGGGCUCCGCGGGGCAGACCCCAUUAAUAUAUGCAAUCUCCUCCCUGUUCCCUAAAUUAUUGCCUGUCCACCCUUCCCUUGUCGUCCCCCCCCCCCCAGUCCAUAGUCCAUGGGUGGGCAGCCUUCUGGUUUCUAUGUGUAUUUAUAAUGAGCGCUAAUGUAUAUAAUGUAAAAACAUUUUUUAAAUAUAUGUGUUUUUGGCCUA